CGCCAAUCACCCUCUUCACUCUCCAAAUAAAUAGAGCCUUCUGCUCUCCUCCCUCAUUCCAGAAAAAGAGAGGGAGAAAGAAGAUGAAAAGAGGAUGAUGGAAAGGAAAAUAGAGAGAACGUGUGAAAAACUUGCGAGAAAAUUAUAGCUUCGCUCAUCUAACAACACCAUAAGGGAGGUAAACUCUUGAAGCUGGUAUACAAAUUAGACAUUAGAGUUUAGACACUUCACUUAUAGCUGUAAGCCGAGGUCAUAAUAUUACUCAUUCAUCAGAUUAUACUCCAUUAGUUUUAUGGCAAUUGACCAAGAAGCAUCUUCCUCAAAUUCCUCCAACUCCAAUUCAGCCCUAAGAACAUGCAAGUAUGACAUUUUCUUGAGUUUUAGGGGCGAAGAUACUCGUAAAGGCUUCACAGACCACUUGUAUCAUGCGUUAAAAAGGAGUGGAUUAAGAGUUUUCAGAGAUGAUAAUGAACUUGAAAGAGGAGAAGUCAUCUCUGAACAACUCAAACAAGCAAUUGAGGACUCUCAUUUUGCAAUUGUUAUUCUCUCCAAAAAUUAUGCCUCUUCUUCAUGGUGUUUAACUGAGCUCCAACAUAUUCUUUACUCAAGAGACAAUGUGGGUCAACAAGUUUUUCCCAUAUUUUAUGAUGUAGAUCCAUCUCAUGUACGGCAUCAAAGCCAAAGUUUUGCUGAAGCUUUUGAUAAGCAUCAAAAGCGUGGAAAGGACAAUAAAAUCAUGGAAAGUUGGAGAGAUUCUCUCACAAAAGUUGCUAACUUAUCUGGUUGGGAUUGCGAGGAUCGGGCUGAAGCAGAACUUAUUGACACGGUCGUUGAAGAGCUGUGGACCAAAUUACGUCAUAGACUACCACCUUAUAGUGAAGGACUGAUUGGAAUUGAUAAUAAAGUAGACCAAGUGGAGCCACUACUUGAGAUGGGUUUGAAUGAUGUUCGGAUUGUGGGAUUAUGGGGCUUACCGGGUGUUGGGAAGACAACAAUUGCUUGGGCUAUUUUUGAGAAAUAUCGUAAUCAAUUUGAAAUUAGUUGCUUUGUUCACAAUGUUAGGACAGUUUCAGAAAGAGAUGGUGGUGAGGUUCAAUUACAAAGUCAACUUCUUUCACAUCUCAAAGUAAGAAACAUGGAAAUUGAAAACACCUACGAAGGGAAGAAAAUAAUCCAAAACCGUUGUUGCAAUAAAAAAGUUUUACUUAUCCUUGAUGAUGUUAGCCAUACUACCCAUCUAGAAAAUUUGGCUAGUAGCCCAAAUUGGUUUGGUGCUGGGAGUAGAGUGAUCAUAACAACUAGACAUUUAGACUUGUUGUGUAGAGAGCAUAUAGUAUAUGUACAUGAGGUUCAAACUAUGAACCCACAUGAAUCCCUUCAACUCUUUUGUCAGAAAGCAUUUGUAGGAGGUAAGCCUUCCGAGGGUCUUUUGGAGUUGUCUAAAGCUGUUUGUGAUUAUGCAAAUGGCCUUCCUUUAGCUCUUUCUGUUUUGGGUUCUUUCUUUUGUGGAAGAAGUAGCGUGCUCGAAUGGGAAGAUGCUUUAGAUAUGAUGAAAAAAGUUCCACAUAAAGAUAUUUUUAGGAAACUGGAAAUAAGCUUUGAUGCGUUAACUGAUACAGAACAAACAAUAUUUUUAGAUAUUGCUUGCUUCUUCAAUUGCCAGAGCAAAAACAAAAUAACACGAAUAUUAGAAAGUUGUGGUUUUAAUGCAAAAAUUGGCAUAACAACUCUUCAGGAAAAGUCUAUGCUAAAGGAAUAUAACAAUGUUUUGGUGAUGCAUGACUUGCUGGAACAGAUGGGCAGGAAAAUUGUUUUAGGUAAAUCUUCUAAUGAUGUUGGCAAUCGUAGUAGAUUGUGGACUAAGGAAGACAUUGAUGAAGUUAUGGAAAACAACUUGGGCACAAAAGAAAUACAAGCUAUGGUUUCAUUCACAUCUUGUGAGGCAUUUUGGAAUCCUAAAGCAUUUUCAACAUUACGUAACCUCAGAUUACUCAUGGUAUCAAGUGAUUUCAACCUUCCUCACGGCCUCAAAUAUCUUUCUCAUACUUUGAAGGUAGUUCACUGGGAAAAAUACCCUUUAGACACUCUUCCUUUUGGAAACUGGUUGUCUAAACUUGUUGAUCUUAGAAUGCGUCAUAGCAAAUUAAAGAAACUUUGGAAUAAAAGCCUGUGCUUGAAGAAUCUGAAGUUUUUGGACUUGAGUUUUUCCAAAAACUUGAUUGAAACUCCUGAUUUCUCUAAACUCCCAAAUCUGGAAAAACUAGCACUUGAAGGUUGUGAAAAACUUAUUGACCUUCAUGCUUCAAUUGGACAACACAAAAAGCUUCAGGUAUUGAACUUGAAAGGUUGCAAAAGUCUUACAGCCCAUUGUCUCAAAAAACUGGAAAUGACUCCGCUGAAAGAAUUUGUUCUUUGUGGGUGCACUCGAGUAAAAUUUCUCCCAAAGUUUGGGGAAAGUAUGAAAAAUCUAGAAACACUUGAUGCUGGGGAGACAAAUUUAGUCAAACUUCCCAAGUCACUUGGCUUGUUGACUGGUCUCAAAACUUUGAAAUUAAGGGGUUGCAAAAAUCUUGUUUGCCUUCCUCGAAGCAUUCACAAUUUGAAAUGUCUUGUACUUCUUGAUAUUGCUGGGUGCUCAAAAUUUGCUAGAUUGCCAGAGAAGUUAAAUGAAAUUGAAGCCUUGGAGGAGCUGGACGCAAGUGAAACUGAUAUAACAGAAAUACCUUGUUCCGUUGGUGGUUUAGAAAAACUCAAGAAAUUGUCAUUCCAUGGGUGCGAAAGGUCAACGUUGAACUCUUGGAGCAUGAUUCUUCCUUGGAGGCAUUCAAUUCAUAAGGGCUUAACAUUGCCUAUUUCAAUGUUCAAUCUUAAAUCACUAAAAAAAUUGGAUUUAAGCUACUGCGGUAUUGAUGAUGGAUCCAUUCCAGAUGACUUCGGUGGCUUAUCAUCGUUGUGGUGGUUAGAUCUAAGUGGAAACAAGUUUAAGAAUCUACCUGCUGGCUGCAUAUCAAAUCUUUUGAAUUUGGGAAUUCUAGUGAUGAAUUCUUGCAUGGAACUUCAGUCGUUGCCACAGAUUCCGCCCAGAGUAACGAGUAUGUGUGCAGAAAAAUGUGAUUCAUUGGAUACAGUGGAAGGUGAACAAUUAUCACAUCUCUUUGCUUCAAGGGACCAGGAAUUUUCACUUACUAAUUUCGAGAUGAAUAUUGCUGCAAGUGAAAUAUCGCCAUGGUUUGAGAAUCAAGUCGAUCUUUAUCGGGAUCACAAAGGCGACGCUUUAGUGAUGAUAGACAUACCCCCUUGCGAAGAAAUAUUGGGAAUUGGAUUAUGCACUCUUCUAGAAAGUAACUUUUAUUUCAGAGAAGGGAGGUUGCUUUUGUGGCGGUUGCGCGGUUGUGGGUUUAUUAUGGGUCCCCGUCACAGAAACCAUGCUAUGCCAGCGUCCAAUUGUAAGGGUGGGAAGAAAAGAAAGUCUUGUCACCUCUGGGUCUUAUUUUACUAUCCAACAAAGUAUUACCGUGAUAUGUGGCAAUCAAGGAAGUACAGUCAGAUUCCCUUCGUAUUUACAGCCCGUCCCGACAAUGCGGAAGUUUUAAUAAAGUGUGGAUGGCAUGUCAUUCGCAAAGUUGAUGUUGAAAACAGUGGCAGCUCAAAGAGUCAAAGUCUCCUUCCAAUAUUGGAACAACAAACGGACCGAGUUGUUGAUCAUAACCCGGUGCUGAUGACAGGCCUUGGGAGCCCAUGGCAUUUCCAAACCGCAUUCACGAAAGAUGGUCCAAUAACGCUCCCAGACCCACGUUUAGAUCCAAACCUCGGUAUUCCACACAAAUUCCUCUAA